GUAAGGGAAGGCAGUGGUGGCAGUGGUGUAGGAAGUGCAGCAGCAAGUUCGUCUAUAAGUAGGGUGAUAAAGUUGGUGAGUCAACGGAUAAAAAUGUUGAGUGAUGAUGGUGAUUGUGAUGGUGGACCUAGUACAUCGAGGUAUGAGUGGGGAUUUGCAUUCGAUCCCCCUGUUGUUGGAGACAAUUUAGGUCCUGAAAGCUCUGCGGCGGGAAACUUGGAAACCAUAUCAGGAAGCUUAGGAAGCUUGUCGCGAACAAUAGGAUCAUCGAAAGUGAAGAAGAGUAGGAGGAAGCGGGUUACAAGAGCCAGUGCAAGGAUACGUGAUAAGGAAUUUAAUGUUCAACUUAUACCUAGAGAGUAUCCAAACUUCAAGUCAAAGCUAAUGAAGUUUAUUUAUGCUGAAAAACCGGACGCCAAUGCGGAAGAAGUCGUAAUGGUAAAAUGUGGGACAUUGGUUGCUACCUUAGAAGAAUGCAAGACAGUGCUUGGUGGGAAGAAAUUAUAUUCAUUAACUCACUUAUUAAUGAACUUGGACUCGGUUUUGAAUAGUAGUGGGAAGAAAUUAUAUUUACAAAAAAAUAAUACGUUGACCAACUUAUAUUCGUCUACUAAUACUCAACUUAUAUUCGUCUACUAA